AUGGGCGCCCACACAAUACUUCCCGACAUACCCGACGAUGUUCUCAAACAGAUGUUUCAAUUCCUUCCCACUAAAGCUGCCAUCUGCGUGAGCUGUCUUUCUAAGCACUGGCAAGGCGUCCCCAUAUCAGACUUUGACGAGGGUGGUAAGCAUGACGAUUACAACUUUGAUGAGCACAGGAAGUUCAUCAACAUGUUAAAAUUCCAGUUGGUAUUAUGUGAGAAAGAGAAACAAAGACAAACCACCUGGGAUAAAUUCAGACUUCGGAUGACGAGAUACUCAGCUAGAGAUGCCACUAUUGUAUACAAGUGGUUGAAGUUUUCAUUUGAGAGAAGCGUGAAAGAGUUGGAUCUCAGCCUUAGAGGGAGUAGGGUGCAAAAUUACUACUACUUGUGCCGGACCAGCUUUAUCAAUGCAAAAUCUCUAACGAUUCUAAAUUUGGAGUCUGUGAGAAUUAAGAUCAUAAUGGACAUUGACAAUGGUGAGGAGUAUUAUGAGCAAAGACCCGAGAGCCUUCUUCUUCCUUCUUUGAAAACUAUGUCCCUCAAAGAUGUUCAGUUUGAUUCCGAUGCUCUCAUCUCCCUGGUUUGGGACUGUCCUUUGCUCGAGUAUCUUACAUUAACUUCAUGUCGUUUUGAUUGGGACGACAUUGUCAUUGCAAGUAAAAGUCUCAAAUCCUUGGAACUUAAGCAUUGCGAGACUUAUCAAGUUCAUCUUUAUGCUGACAAUCUUGAACAUCUUACGGUCUUCUCAUCAACAUCUUCUCUCGACAAUAUGUACUUGGAAAGAUGCUUCAAUUUGAAAUAUAUGAACAUUUGUGAUCCACAUUUGUAUCACCUUUCUGUACAAGGAUGCCAUGAUGUGAAUGGUACAAUCGAUGCUCCAAGGUUACAUAGCUUUAUUUUCCGAGGUCAUUUGAAGUCCAAGUUUUCUUUCAGAGCUCCAAAUUUAAGAGCGGCCUAUAUCAUACUAUUAGACAAGUGGGGCGGAGAAUUAUCCACCUUUAACAACGGGGAACUGAAAUACUUUCUUCAAGCAUUUGGGAGCUCCACAGGUAUGAUCCUUUAUGUGUAUGAUUUUAGUGAUCUCAUCUUUUCAGAAGAAUUCAGAAAGAGCUGCUCCUCGCCGAUAUUGCCAAAUCUCCAAAAUCUUAAACUCCUAAUGAGAAAUCCUCCAACAAAUUUCGGAGAUGAUGAAGACUUGAUGGAAUCUUUGCAUUGGAUGGCACCUUCUCUAGAGGAUAUUACAACCCAACACUUCAUAAACAGUCAGACGGUAGGUAGCUAA